AAGCGGAAGAAGAAGGGGAAUAAGUCCGGAAAGAAGGAUAAAGGAAAGAGAAAAAUGGCACCGAAAACAACAAGAGAAAGCAAUUUCUUUCAAUACAAACAAAAGGUACCACUGAUAGUAUUCGGUAGUGGCAUGUCUGGGAAGGACCAUGUGAAGAUGAAAACAGUCCGGACUGGUGUCACUGGUCUUCUAUACAGAACGUUGAAAAGAAGAGAGAGGACUGGUGACUUACUCGUUGUGGACAUUGAUGAAUAUUUGAUGUCCCAAAUAUGUUCCAAAUGUGAAAGUAGGACUUUAGGUGGUAUUAGUGGUGCCCGCGGUAGUAGUGUUCUCGUUUGCAAGACGUGCAGAACAUUAUGGCAGCGUGACAUCAACGCUAGUUUGAAUAUGAUGAAAAUUGCUAAGUCAAUUUGGAAGGGUGAAGGCCGUCCAGAACGAUUCAAAAGAAA